AUCCAAAGCUCCCUUUCACCAAACACCUCCCCUGCUCCCCAACCCCAACACCUCCUCCCCAAAGUUUAACCAUUUUUAAACCAGAAAAACCCCUCCUUUCCCCUUUCCCCUUUCCUCCAACCCAUCAAGAAACCUUCUUUCCCCAUCUCCAAUGGACGCCAUUGACGCCGCCAAGAAACCCUUCCUCCUCACUCGCUCCAUCACUUACCACCACACCUUCCACCGCCGUGCUCGCGACUCCUCUCUUCCAUUCUGGAAAACUCUCGCCGACGACAACCCCAUUCUCUCCACCUCCAAUCCCCGCGUCGUCAUUUACACCACCUCUCUCCGCAGCAUCCGCCGCACGCACCUCGACUGCUCCUCCGUCCGCGCUAUCUUCCGCGGUCUCCGCGUCGCCGUCGACGAGCGCGACGUCUCCAUCCACGCCGCGUUCCGGCACGAGCUCCAGGUGCUGCUUGGAUCCAAGAGCCGGCCGGUAGCUCUGCCUCAAGUAUUUGUGCGUGGGAAACACAUCGGCGGCGCUGAGGAGGUGAGGCAGCUUCACGAGGCGGGUGAGAUGGGGAAGUUGCUUGAAGGUGUUCCGGGUCAGGACCCUGCGUUUGUGUGCGGUGGAUGCGGUGGCGUGAGGUUUGUGCCGUGUGGGAGUUGCAGAGGGAGCAGGAAGGUGUUUGAGGAAGAAGAAGGGAGGAUGAGGCGAUGUGAGGAUUGUAAUGAGAAUGGAUUGGUGCGGUGCGGAAGCUGCCUUGCGUUUUCAUUCGGCUGAGAAAAAAAGAGCGAUUUUGAGGGGGUGAAGAAAUGAAACUGUGUGUAUUUUGAUUGUGGUAUGUUUCAAGUUCUUAUUUUUUGGGGAAUUAGUUAUAAUAUGUUGUUGACUGUAAUCAGUAAGUAUUCAGAUUUCAGUUUUAUUGAGUUGGGUAUUGAUGCAGGGUUUGUGCCUAAAUUGGAGAAGGAUGAAUGUGUCCUGGGUUAUGGGUUUGUAAUUUGUAUGAUUAU